AUGAGCACCACAACAAGUUCGGUGCGCAGCAUCCUGCCACAACUCGAGGCAGCUCUCAAGUCUUUCCAAUCUUCUAAUUCCAAGUUUCGCAUUGUCCGAACUAUCAAUCCUUCUGCUACAAGUCCGCCCUCUCCAAAGACUCUGUUCAUCCUCGAUUCAUCCUUCAAUCCGCCCUCUAAAGCCCACUUGGCUCUUGCCAAAUCUGCCUUGCACUCUUCUUCAACAAAGCAGCAUCAGGCCCCAUACAGGCUGCUUCUUCUUUUCAGCACUCACAAUGCCGACAAAGCUCCCUCCGCGGCCUCAUUCCCUCAGCGUCUGGCGCUCAUGGCCAUUUUUGCUGAGGAUCUGCUGAAAGAUCUUCAAAGCGCCGCCAACCACAAAAACUAUGUACUGCCAACCGUCGACAUUGGCUUGACCACUGCUCCUUAUUACACCGACAAAAGCUUAGCCAUCUCAAAAGAAGGCUCCGAGCAUUAUCCAGACUCUCCCAAACAUGUUCAUCUUCUGGGCUUUGACACUAUUACUCGCUUCUUCGCAGCCAAGUACUAUCCUAACUUUAGUCCGCCACUCUCGGCGCUCAAUCCUUACUUCGAUGCAGGACAUCGGCUGCGUGUGACUCUGCGACCUUCAGAUGAGUAUGGUACGGUUGAAUCGCAGCAGGAAUUCGUGAACUCAUUGGCUAGGGGUGACAUGGAAUCUGAUGGAGGCAAACGGGAAUGGGCUUCACAGAUCGAAGUGGUACAUGCCGAAGAAGGUGUGGGUGUGAGUAGCACGAGGGUCAGAAAAGCAGCUAAGCAACAAGACUGGAACGAGGUUCAGCAGCUGUGCACGCUGGGAGUCGGAAAGGCGGUGAUGGAGGACACGAUUUACGAAAGCGACGACCGAGGAGCCAAGAUGGCCUAA